GUCCCAGUGAACUCGUGGAAAACUUCAACGCUUCCGCAGUGGCCGGCAAUGGACUCAAGACAAGGGCAGCAGGUACCGGGGCAAUCGGGCCUCGUCCAUGUCACCAGCCCGGCGCCAGAGUCGGUUCAAGCGGCGACGGCGCCAUAUACACCGACCCUUACAGGCUUGGACACCGGCGACAUCUUCCGCGACGAAGACGCGUUCCAGUGGCUGUUCCUGACAUCAGACUUGGCGCCACUCGAUCAGACCAUGUCGUUUGGCGAUGAAAUCAAGGACGACGACUUGUUUCACUUUGUUCCCUCGGUCGAGUCGUCGCCAGAUGCGCCGCCUCCCAGUCUAUCCUCGACCUCGAUGCAGUCGCGGCAGCACUCGUUGGACAUUGCCGGCAGUAGUAGCCAACUCCCGCUCAAAUCACCAUCGUCUUCGUCCGUUUCCGUGGCUCCAAAACCUCCAUUGAUCAAGCGUGAAUCGACGGCGGGGAGUUCCGUGGCAUCGUUCGAUUCCGACGAGUCGAGCUCGGACUCGGACGACGUGGACGACAGCGACGGCGCGUCCUCUAGCCAGACGACCGACCUGUCCAAGAAGAAGCGCAAGCGGCUCAAGCGUAACCGCGACUCGGCGAGGGAGAGCCGCAAGCGGCGCAUGGCGCGCAUCCAGGAGAACGAGCUGCGGCUCAAGAAGCUCGAACUCGAAAACGUCGACUUGAAGAUGCGGCUGCAGAUCGGCAAAGAAGCCAUCGUCGUGGAGCGCCAGGAAAAGGCCAGCUACAAACAAAAGAUGCGUCAUUUGCUUCAGACGGGCGCCAGUCCCGCCGAAGUCGCCCAGUACAUUGAACUGUACAAGUCCAACUACAGCGACUACGGCGCCAAGCGGCGGGAAACCCUCGCGUUCCACGUCGCAAGGGUGCGGGACCUCCUCCUCCCCACCCAAGUGACCAAAAUGUGCUUGUAUUCCGUGGAGAAUGCCGACGAAGUCAACAAGGCUUCAUCGUCGUCUUCGUUGCCGCGGCAGGCCGCGACAGACCCAAACGAGCAUGCCAACCUGUGGGAGAUCCUCGCCAAGGAGCUCGACAUCUCCGAAGCCCAGCAGCGCCAGAUCUUCACCCGCCGCGACCAAAUCAAGCGCCUGCGCGACAACUUGACCAAGAAUCUGCGCAACUUGGCGGCGUUCGAAGUCGCCACCCAGGAGAAGAACCGGUCCCUGGACAACGAAGUGUCGCUGCUGCAGACGAUCUUGACGCCCCAACAAGCCACCAAGUUUAUCAUUUGGUACGCGGAUGAUGGAAUCUCUCGUAUAUGUGACACUGGUGGGAUGGUGUGAUUAUUUUCGUAGGGUCAAGGACAACCCGGCGUUCAUGUACAUGUUGGACCAGCUCGUGCAAUCUAUCAUUGCCGGCACCGACGGCGUCGACGACAGAUCGUCGUCAUAACUUAAGAACCAACAUAUACUGUAACGUAGAUGGCUCGUUUACGUAAAUGGCGAGUUUAUAGUUUUAACUCAAAUAUUGGCUAUAUAGUACUAGUA